CCUUCUUGCUUUAUAAAUAGAACCCAAUGAUCACAACAUUAAACAACCAAGUCUAUCAAUUACAAUCACAACCUCAUCUUACUAAUCAACUCUUUUAACACCUUUGAUUUGAUCAUGUCUUGCUGCAACGGAAAGUGUGGCUGCGGCUCAAGCUGCUCUUGCGGCAGCAGUUGCAAGGGAUGCGGGAUGUAUCCGGACAUCGAGACCUCCACCACCGCCACUAUGAUUGUCGAUGGCGUUGCGCCAAAGAAGAUGUAUGAUGAUGGAAGUGAUGCAAGCUUUGUAAGCGAAGGUGGACACGCCUGCAAGUGUGGAGCAAACUGCAAGUGUGAUCCUUGCAACUGUUGAGAAAAGAUCAUUCAAAUAAAUUAACAUCAAUCGUUUGAUUGUGUGGUAUGUUUGUAGGGUUUGAAAAAUAAAAUCAACCACAUCCCCUUCUGCAUCGUACCUCAACCCACCUGGGUUAGGGUUUGGGGGUUUUGGUUUGGAUUUAUGUUGGAGUUUAAAUGGUGGUUGUGUCUAGUAUGAUUAUGGAGUAUUUGAAUGGUUUGUCGUGUAUUUAUGGAGUGAUUAAUGAACUUUAUGAUGCAAAAGUUGGCAUGUAUGUCAAAUUUUAUAAACCAAAUGGUUAAAAAGACACUAAAGUGGAUAUUAAUGUUUAA